UGGGCUUUCAGUUAAAAGGUUUCUGUUGUUGUAGCUUAUGCAGUUGCUCUGUUGCUAUGGAAACGUGACAUCAAAAUGACGUUUCCCGUUUAAAAGCUUUUAACUAAAUUCCUGCCUGUCAGAUGUAGGCCCCAUUUUGAGCGCGGAGCUGCCUUCGAGCAAGCCAGCCAGCCGGCGCCUCCCGCCCAUGGUCCGUGGGGCCUGCCCGGGGCCUCGCCUGAGCGCGAUCUUUAACCCCCAGGCGCCUCCAGCAUGGCAGCUGCCGAAGUGCCCGGCUACCUGGUGUCCCCUCAGACAGAGAAGCACCGGCGGGCCCGCAACUGGACCGAUGCUGAGAUGCGCGGCCUCAUGCUCGUCUGGGAGGAGUUUUUUGACGAGCUCAAGCAGACCAAGCGCAACGCCAAGGUGUAUGAGAAGAUGGCCAGCAAACUCUUCGAGAUGACUGGCGAGCGCAGGCUGGGCGAGGAGAUCAAGAUCAAGAUCACCAACAUGACCUUCCAGUACAGGAAAUUAAAAUGCAUGGCAGAUAGCGAGUCUGUCCCGCCCGACUGGCCCUAUUACCUAGCCAUUGAUAGGAUUCUGGCCAAGGUCCCCGAGUCCUGUGAUGGCAAACUGCCGGACGGCCAGCAGCCGGGGCCCUCCACGUCCCAGACCGAGGCGUCCCUGUCGCCGCCUGCUAAGUCCACCCCUCUGUACUUCCCGUAUAACCAGUGCUCCUAUGAAGGCCGCUUCGAGGACGAUCACUCCGACAGCUCCUCCAGCUUACUGUCCCUUAAGUUCAGGUCGGAGGAGCGGCCGGUGAAGAAGCGCAAGGUGCAGAGCGGCCACCUGCAGAAGAAGAAGCUGCGGCUGCUGGAGGCCAUGCUGGAGGAGCAGCGCAGGCUGAGCCGCGCCGUGGAGGAGACCUGCCGCGAGGCGCGCCGCGUGCUGGACCAGCAGCACGUCCUGCAGGUGCAGAGCCUGCAGCUGCAGGAGCGCAUGAUGAACCUGCUGGAGAAGAUCAUCGCCAAGUCCAGCGUCUAG